AUGCCCGACCCCCGCUGCUUCAUCGUCCGCCACGGCGAGACAGAAUGGUCCCUCAAUGGCCGCCACACGGGCACCACCGACAUCCCACUCACAGUAAAUGGGGAAAAGAGAAUGAGGGCUACAGGCAAGGCGCUUGUGGGCAAUGAUCGAUUAAUUGCGCCCAAGAGGUUGAAUCAUGUUUAUGUAUCCCCCCGCAAACGCGCCCAACGAACGUUUGAACUCCUCCAUAUUGAAUGCAAAGAACGCCUGCCAUGGACACAACAGGUCGAGUCAGAGAGCGACAGUACACUCGAAAAACCAAUCUCAACGGAGGCAGAUAUUGAAGUCACAGACGCCAUCCGCGAAUGGGAUUAUGGCGAUUAUGAAGGCUUGACGAGUGCCCAGAUCAGGGUGCUAAGGGUUCAGCAGGGGUUACCGAAGUGGGAUAUUUGGAAGGACGGGUGUCCCGGUGGAGAAUCCCCCGCAGACGUCUGCCGCCGCCUAGACACAUUCAUAGCCGACCUGCGCGCAAAAAACCACAAACCCUGUUUCAGCGACCCGGAGAACGAGAAAGGUGAUGUCCUGGUCGUUGCGCAUGGUCAUAUCCUGCGAGCCUUUGCGAUGCGUUGGGUUGGGCAGCCGUUGACUGACACCGCGCUCAUUCUUGAGGCUGGUGGUGUCGGGACAUUGAGUUAUGAACAUCACAACAUCGAGGAACCAGCCAUUAUCCUCGGUGGUGCGUUUGUCGUAGAGGAUUGA